AGUGUGCAUAGUCAUAUAUGAAUACAUAAUGUAUUACAGCGCACGUAUGUGGAACGGUUGCUUUUGCGUUUGAAAACUACCAAGUAGCUCAUAUACAGCAGGAGAGACUUACAAAAACAAAUACACAAACGAAAUACCAGAUACAGACGAUGAAGCCUAAUUUAGUAUCCAAAGUGUUUUUAACACUUUUUGCAUCGUUCGCCUUUGGGGCAAGCGUCGAAUCAAACUGUGACGCCGAAAAUGGACCCGAUGGAGCAGCGGUAUGUGUGAGAUCUGGGCUCCUGGGUACGCUCGUGGGGAGGCGUCAGUGGGCGGCAUGUGUGAGGGGCGAUUACAUCGAGUCGGCGUCAGGAGGAAACCGGAAAUGUCCAAACUCAGACACGUAUUGUCUUUAUAAGUGUAAAGAUGAGCUAAAGUAUGCUGGAAUUGCACUAACUGGCUUGUGCGAUUGUGAUCCUGAAUCAGUGGAGAGGAAUGUGACCAGUUUGCCGGACCGAUGUUACAGCCCGGACAAUGAGGACUGCUCCUGGUUUAAAGAAUGUCUACAGGGUCAGUUCCCCUGUACCGACGAAGAUGGCGCAGCCUUCGUUGCAGAUGCGGGUGAACGCUGGUGCCGACUGUUUUCAAAAGGAACCGAAAAACUGGACGCGGUUGGUCGAACAUGGGUCGGCGAGGUACGACAAUGUCUGCAGAAGUCCAUGAUCCCGUUUUUCCGGCCGUAUAUCCAGCCUGAGUGUACAGAAGCUAAACAGGUCACAUUCGACUUACAUAAACGCUGCUAUGCGGAACCAUCACCCUACGCUCCAAAGAUUUGCGACGUUGGAUUCGACAAUUGGAUCAAGGUUAUGGGAAUUGUGAAAAUUGCACUUACUAAACAGACAUGGUUGUCUGGUAGCGAAGAAUCAAAUGAAGCCCUUGCCGAUGCAGCAGCAGAGUUGAUUGAAAAGUGUGGCUGGGAUGUUUCGAAGUAUAAAAUACUUCGCCUAAAACUGAAACGGAUCGGGCAGCGAAUAAUGCAAUUUAUACCCAAACUCCCAUUUAUCAUUGGUAAGCGUAUCCGAAACGCCUUAAGAGCAAAAUUCAGCAUUGACAAGUAUUUGGUUAUCACGUUUCAUCUAAAAGACAGCAGCAAACAAAAGCGCAGCGUUGAUGAGGGCGAGUUUUCGUCAGUUUACGUCAUGGUUUUGUCAAGGGAACAGUAUGACCUACACUACAGUGAAAAUGACCUUGGCAUCGAAUCCAGCAGUUUAUCCUCUAUCUACAAGUACGUGAUCAAAGAAAUAGAGAGCGGCAACCUUAGGACGGAUCCGUCUGACGAUUACGAAGUUGAAGCAUACACAAUGUGUGAUGACGUCACUUGCUCUAAUCCACAAAAUGCCAUAAACCGUUCGAUUGAGGAUCUUACUCCGGGUCAAACGGCGCUUAUUGUAUUAAUGGCGAUUGUAUGCGUCCUUUUGGUUGGCGUCGGUGCGUUUUAUUGUGCUCGUCGCCCAUCAGCCGUCUACAAAGAAAAAUACACUAAAUUUUAGGCCAACAACGACGGGAGGGAAGACAAAAUAGAAAGUUAGAUCUUCAAAAUUAACAUGGACCAUAAAUUAGUGUUACUUUGCUGCUCAAAGUACUAAAAAGAAUUGAAAGUAUCUCUACAAGUAUUUUCUACAUUGUAAAAGACACUAUAACCAUCUUAUCCGUUUAGCUUUUCCCAUCUUUUUGUAAUCUUAAGUAAUCUAGUGUAUCCGGACCGUUAUGUUAAGAAUGGAAAAAGACAAUAAACAUCACAAUCAA